AAGGCGGUGACAUCACAUCUUCUUAUCACUCCCCUUCCCGACAUCGUUUCGUCUUUGAACAGUCUCUCUCUCUCUCUCUCUCUCCACCGAACCCGCUUCCCUCUCCCUCUGUUUUGUUUACUGGAUAGUCCUAGGGUUAGGGUUUUUGUUGUUUUUCGGAAUUUUAUUAGAUAGAUAGAUUGAUGGACAGACACAGAGGAGACCGCUUCGGCACCAGUCCAGAUUCACACCCCUCCUCCUACAGGAACUCCAGAGGUCCACCUCCUCCUCGUUCCUCCGACACCCCCAUGAACCACCACCCCCGCCGCCGUAGCCCUAACAAUUUCCGAGACGACUUCUCGGUCGGCAGCGGUGGCGGUGACGGCAGAAGCAGCGGCCAUCACCACCGCCCUUUCGACAGCCCGCCCCGUUACCCUCCGGUCGGAGGUAGAGGUGCUGGUGGAGGAUUCCGUCCAAUGGGCGGCGAUGUAUUUAAUUCCGAUCAACAGAUGCCUCUUUCUGGCCAGAAACGAGGGUAUCCCUUUUCUACUCGAGGAGGGUCUCCAGAUCAUAUAGAUGGCGGAAAUUUUGCCAAACUUUUUGUUGGAUCUGUUCCAAGGACAGCCACUGAAGAAGAAAUUCGCCCUUUGUUUGAGGAACAUGGCAAUGUUUUAGAGGUUGCUUUAAUCAAAGACAAGAGAACAGGACAACAACAAGGAUGUUGUUUCAUAAAAUACGCUACUUCCGAAGAAGCUAACAGGGCAAUAAGAGGUUUACACAACCAAAGAACUUUGCCUGGGGGGGUUGGUCCUAUCCAAGUAAGAUAUGCUGAUGGGGAGAGGGAACGUCUUGGUGCAGUUGAGCACAAGUUGUUUGUUGGCUCACUGAACAAACAAGCUACAGAAAAGGAAGUUGAGGAAAUCUUUUCUCCGUACGGUCGAGUUGAAGAUGUUUAUCUCAUGCGUGAUGAAAUGAAGCAGAGCCGUGGGUGUGGAUUCGUAAAAUUUUCUCAAAGAGAGAUGGCAAUGGCAGCUAUUAGUUCACUUAAUGGAUUAUACACUAUGAAAGGGUGUGAUCAACCAUUAAUCGUUCGGUUUGCUGAUCCAAAGAGACCUAGAGCCGGAGAGUCAAGGGGUGGUCCUGCAUUUGGGGGUCCAGCUUUUGGUCCUCGGUUUGAAUCACCAGGGGUUAGGCCAACAUUAAAUCCUGGUGAGCCCAUGCUUGGUCGUAUACCAUCUAAUGCUUGGCAUACAAUGAGUCCAAAUGCAGGGCCAUUGCCAAAUGCAGGUAUACAAGGGUUUGGUAGUCAGUUGCUUCCUCGGUCGGGGGAUGGCCCAUCUCCAACUGUGGGUGGUGCUCUUGAUGGCCAUGGUGGCUCUGCGGAUGGCGUGCUUCGUGGACUUGCAGUUUCCUCUUCAGCAUUACAGCAGAAUUUUAACCAGUCUUUGCCACAAGUUCCUUCAAAUGGGCAGCAACAAAUAUCACCCCUUCAGAAACCACUACAGUCGCCACAAGACUUAACAGCUUCCCUGCAGCUACAUCCACAGCCUUCAUUAUCUUACUCCCAGAUGCUGACUCCCAAUGCACCUCUCCAGCAUUUUGGUCAACUGCCAAUUCCUCAGCCCUUUGCUCAAAACCCCUUCACUCAGGCUUUGCCAUCACAACAGUUAACUGUUUCUCAGCCUCAGGCCAACCAGGGUGCCUCAUCUGCUCAACAAGCCCCAAUGAAUGUCAACUUACAACCGCUGAUGCAACCUUCUCCAGCUCAGCUGCAACUGCAUCAGUCACUCCAACAAUCACCUUCUCAGUUUGCUCAGAUGUUAUCUCAACAGAAACAAAAUCUACAGGCAAGCUUUCAAUCAUCUCAGCAGACAUUCUCUCAGCUUCAACAACAAUUUCAGCUGAUGCAACCUUCAAAUCAGAAUAUAAUGCCACAGCAAAGUUCUCAGGCUACCAAACAGCAGGCUAUGUGGGCCGGCAUGGUACCACAGACAGUUGCCACCUCCCCUUCUAUCGCGGCAGCGGCAGAUGUGCCUCCUUCCACAUCUGCUGCUCCGGUUCUUCCUGUAGUAUCGCAGGCAGUAGCUCCUGCAAAAUGUGCUUGGACAGAACACACCUCCCCUGAUGGUUACAAGUACUACUAUAAUAGCUCAACUGGUCAAAGCACAUGGGAGAAGCCAGAGGAGUUGAUGUUAUUUGAACAGCAGCAGCAGCAGCAAAAACCGCCACUUCAACAGCCUCACCCCCAGCCUCACCCUCAAAGUCUGUCUGCCCAGCAAGUUCCUCAGAUGCAGCAACCUCAACCACAAAAUCAACCCCAAACACAGCACCACCCGCAGCAGUUGCAACAAAGUUCUUUACCAUCAUCAUAUCAGGCUUCUGGAGUUAAAGGUCCCCGAAACGUACAGGAAUUUGGUUAUUCACAGUUACAGGUAGCAGCUGGUUCCGCCAAUGAUCCUGCACGUUUCCCACAGGGACUUCAGGCUUCUCAGGAGUGGAUGUGGAAAAACAAGCCUUCAGGAACUUGAUGCGGGAAAAAUCACUUUGGUUGGAUAAUGUUUCACAAUGUCAGAACUAGAUAGAUAGCGGGAGUGCAGGGAGGCAUGAUUUAGGAGAUUUGAAUGUAAAUCCUCCAUGGGUUGUAACGGUAGAUUGUUGGUUUUCCUUUCCCCACCCCUUUCAGUUUUCUUCUUGUCGGGAGGUUUCUCUGCCUCAGUUACUGUCUAACCUAAUUACAGCUUGUGAGCCAUUAAUGUGGCAUUGUUCCUUAAACCUGUGACACUAAUAAAUUUUUUGCAUUGCUAGAGAUUGAAUUAAAGUUGUGUUGAAA